AUGUCACAAACCACAGAUGACAAGCCAUCUCUCCAUGUGGUCCCUUCGUUCUAUGGAGUUUAUAUCCUACAAUCGAUUCCAAAACCUCGAAGCACAUAUAUCGGAUCAACACCUGAUCCAAGGCGAAGAUUACGACAGCAUAAUGGCGACUUAAAAGUUGGCGGGGCAUAUAGAACAAAGCGCCCCGGUUGCAGGCCUUGGAAAAUGAUUGUUUUAGUUCAUGGAUUUCCCUCUCGUGUUUCAGCUUUGCAAUUUGAACAUGCUUUACAACAUUCCUAUCAAACUCGUCAUAUCACUGAACAAGUAGGUAAGAGCUUGUCGAUUUCUAAAAAAUUAACCAACGUUAAGUUAUUGUUAUCAUCCCCAUCUUUCAUCAGAAUGGGUCUAGAAGUGGCCAUUUUUGACCAAAAGGCGUUUGAAAUGUGGAAUGAUAAGAGCGGACAUGUACCAGUGGAAUUACGAGACUUUGAUCAGUUUUGUGAUCAUGAGGUGAAAGAGAUUGAUAUUGACGAGGAAAAGCAGAUCAUUUUGAAUAACAAGUUAGAAUGCACAGUUUGUAAUCAAACAAUAAAUUACUUUCUUGAAGAAAGUCCAAGUAUAACUACGAGGCAAGAAUUGACGAAAUUUUUGGGCAACUAUCCACUCAUAGGUAUUCAUAAGGAUCACUGUUUUCAUUUGACAUGUAUUGCGAAAACUGAAUCGGAAUUAAUUCCAAGAUCGAUCACAUGUACUUGUGGUCUGAAACUUAAUUGGAUAAUACUUAUAAAAGUGGCCACCAGAAUGAGAAAAUACUUGCUUGGAGAUUGUGUGAAUGCUGACUAG